AAUGCGGAAGUGAAAGUGUAGUAGUAUGCGUUUAUAUUUUCUUCCUCAGCUGGUGAUUAACUCGUAAAAACAGCACAGCAUCGUCAAUAUGUCUGUAGCAAAUGCGAAACAAACAAUAACGAAUCCAACGAUUCCUUAUGCUGGGACCAUCCUGGGCGGACUUCAUCCCGGAGAGAUGGUGCUCAUCCAGGGCAGUGUUCCCAGUGACUCCGACAGGUUCCAGGUGGACCUGACCUGCGGGAGCAGCGUGAAGCCUCGGGCAGAUGUGGCUUUUCAUUUCAAUCCUCGCUUCAAGCGCUCCCCCUGCGUCGUCUGUAACACGCUGCAGAACGAGAGCUGGGGAAAAGAGGAGAUCCACUACCUGAUGCCCUUCAGGCACGGCGCUGCCUUUGAGAUCAUCAUACUCGUACAGAAAGAUUUGUUCAAGGUGGCGGUAAACGGCUCUCAUCUGCUGGAGUACAGGCACAGGUUAGAGCUCAAGAAGGUGGACACGCUGGCCAUAUCAGGGAAGGUUCAGAUCCAGGCCAUUGGGUUCAUUCCCAGUUCAGUGAGUAAGAACCCCAUGACACCUACAAACGUCGCUGUGAGCAAAAGAUCACUCCCUUAUUCAGUCAUUUCGGAGUCAGGUGACAUGAGUCUUCCUUUUAGGAGCAAACUUGCGAAAGGAUUGCGUCCAGGAGACACCAUUAUGGUGACGGGGCAAAUCACUGAUUCCCCAAAGAGUUUCUCAGUAAACUUGCGCAUCAGUAACUCGGAGGACAUUGCUUUUCACUUAAACCCUCGUUUCAAAACUAAAACCUUCGUCCGAAACUCUUUCCUGUGGGGUUCCUGGGGGUCCGAGGAGCUCUCCCUCUCUAGCUUUCCCUUCUCACCUGGUCAAUACUUUGAGAUGAUCCUCCUGUGUGAAGCCCAGGAGUUUAAAGUGGCAGUAAACGGGUCCCACCAGCUGAGUUACAAGCACCGUGUGCAGGAUCUGAAUUGUGUGGAUGUGCUAGAGAUUGCGGGAGAUCUAGAGCUCAAGGAUGUCAAGAUGUGGUGAGCAGCUCCAGCUUGAAGACCAUUCCCAUGUAUUCUCUAAUCAUGUAUAUUUAAUCAACCUGUGACUAUGCUAAUCUCAACUACCGGUACCUUGUUAAGGUUGUAAUUUGAAAGUGGACUAGUGUGCUAGACCUGGAGUUUGGUUUGUUUACAUUUUUAUGUCACUAUCACUGGCUGGUUUGAUCGGUCUAAAAAAAUUCUACUCCUCAACCACUUUAUUUAACUAUUCGCACAUUUAAACUAGGGCUGCACGAUAUAUCGUUUAGCAUCAAUAUUCCGCGGCAUGGUUGUAAUGGUCAAAAAAGGUUGUAGACCACGUACAUAACAGAUGGAUGGAAAAACUCCCGUCUGGCAGGUUAUUAAUAGUUGUGAGACAGUAACUGUACUGUCUGUCGGUCCGGCCAUUUGUUUCACAAUCAUUACAAACUAAUUCCAGGCAUUUGCAAUUACAGAUUUACAGGGUAGAUAUAUCCAACCAUAAACCUUUUCAAUAAUGAGUAUAAUAAUUGAGUUGAGUUUUAUUUCAUUUUCCUGUCUGCAGAAGGUGUAUACCAGAGAAGCAAAUGAUUAGCUAAUGAAGCCUGCACUAAUGCAUUGGCAUGAUAGCCUUGAAGGAUUAUCAAAUCAAUAAUCACAUUUGCCAUUAAGUUCCAGAAACUGAAGAUCAGUUAGUCGUCUUUUUUUUUUUUUUUUCAGAUCUAUGCAAUUUUCCAAUGGCUUACAAUUGCUUUUUGCUACUAAUAAUUUUAAGAAUUGUCUGAUAAUUUGUGAUAUAUUAUAAAAUAUAUACAUUUCAUUUGUUGUUGUUUUUCCCCUUUGAGAUCUGUUGAUCAAUGUAUUAGAAACAAGCAAUAUUAUAAUAUAAUAAAAACUUAAUAUAUACCUUU